UGGAAAAAAUUUUGUUUUAAUUUUGAAUUUAAUAACUCAUCAACAGAACAAAAAAAGUCACUUAUCUAUUUUUGAUAAAUUUAAAAUUUCAAAAGUUAUUCGACGCCAAAGUUGAAUUUACAGAAUUUUUACUAUUUUUUAACUUUUCUGGUGAAACUAUCAGACUUAUUACAAAAUAUUAUAGGACUUGUUUGGAGAUCGUUGCAUUUCCAACACAUGAUCUCUAACGAAUUUUUCGUAAUACUUCAAUGCUCAUUGAUUAUUUGCACUAGAAUUGAAUUCAGCCAUAAUACGACUUUUGAAACUCAUUGAUUUCGAAUGCGAAUAACUAAAGAGCAUUCAGGAAUUUUGAAAAAUUUGUAAUGGAUAAUUUGUGUGAAAUGAAACGUUCUACAAAAGAGAUCCUGCAAUAUUUCGUAAUAAGUCUGACAGUUUCACCAGAAAAGUUGAAAAAUAGUAAAAAUUCUGUAAAUUAAACUUUUACCUCAGUAACUUUUGAAAUAUUAAAUUAAUCAAAAAUUGAUAAGAAACUUUUCUUUUGAUAUUAAGAGCUCAAAUUUUAAUAGGCGUUUUUUUUACCCUACUGAAACUUUUGAGCGUGUCCUUAAAAAAUAAAAAAUAGUCGAUUUUUUUGAAUCGGCCUAAUAUAUAUUUAUAUAUAAACAACUCAAAUUAUAGUUUGUAUACUCAGCUCAUAUUUUUUUAUUUUAAAUAAUUAUAUUUCUUACGUCAUCCAAGUUACUAAGUAAUUGCCAAGUACUCAGUGUCCCUGAAAUUAUAAAAAUGUACAGACUUAUCCAGCGACGUAGUUGCUGAUUUUAUAAUAACAUUCAAAGAGACUAUUAUACUUAACUUUAAUGAUAUUAGUCAUCUUGUAAGAAUCUAAAGUAAACAUUUAUAAGAUUAAAAUAUUUAAAUUUCAGUUUAAACAUUUAUAUUUAUACCCCGCAAGUUUUUAAAUCAGUCUAGAAAUUAUAUCAGUAAUUUAGCAUCGUCCAUCAACCUGGUUUGUCUUUAAGUACAGUAGUCUAUCGACCUUGAUAACGUGACAGGGCAUUGGUAAUUUAUUUAUUUGUACACGCGAUGUAUCAAGUCUUAGUCAUUAAGUCAGUAGAGCAGUUAAAUAAAUAAAUAAAAUUUAAAAAAGACAAAAAACGAGUGCAAUAUGAAGUUGUCUUAAUUAAAUGAUAACACGUGUAUUAUUAAAAUUAAUGAAUUUAAAUAAAGUAUCUGAUAGUAAAAUAAAUGAGACAACUAUUUUGAUGGACGAGAUACCCAAGAUCCAUGUCAAUGAUGAAGAACGAAGAUCUAGAGACUCUGAUACCCGAACUUCAAGAAGUAAAAGUUUGCCGAUAAAACGCAGGCCGUCAUUUUUUCUUGAAGCAGGCAACAGAUUGAUGCCUAGACCCGUUUAUGGAUCAGAUGACACCCAUAUGUUCAGCAACAGGAGCAGACGAAGUAGAUAUGAUGAUGACAGUGAUGAUUACAUGGAUAUGUAUGAUAAUUUUAUGGGUGGACAGUAUGGACGACCGUCAAUAAACUCUGGAUCUAUUGGCAGUAAUAUUUUUGAUGUUAAUGUUUAUCAGCAAAAAAAAACACUUGCCCAGGGGAUGAUGGAUCUCGCUUUGAUAUCCGCUAAUGCUAAUCAAUUAAGAUAUGUAAUGCAGUACAAAAGCCAUCCGUUUCAUUAUAUUUCGCUGGCUAUGAUUGUUGCCAGUUUGUUAUUACAAGUUAUUGUUGGUAUCGGUCUGAUUUGGAAUAGCAGGUAUGAUGUCAAAGAAGAUGAACAAAUUCCUAAAGCUAAUAAAACAAAUAAUUGGACUGUUGUUGGUAUAUUUCUUGUAACUAUUUUAAAUGUUUUCAUUUCUUCCUUUGGUGUAACUGAAGAAAUAGAAGCAGACGAUGACAUGUACUUUAGUCCUCGUGAUAAAAAUACUAGUAAUUUUAAGACUAAUGUUAAUGAUACCAAGAGUUUAAUUGUUAAUUAGUGAUGUACUUUUUUUUAAUUACUAAACUUAAUGCUCAAUAAUAAUAUAAUUUAUGAAUGUUUAUAUUUUUUUUUAAUAAAAUAUUUUAUGCGGAUGUAACUGACAAGGAAGUUUUUAAAUUUUUGGAUAAAUAAAUAAAAUUUGAGUGGAAUAAAAAUUAAAAAUGUGAAUGAAGGACAAUGAAGGCUCCGUACGCGCAUUUUUUAAACUUCAUUAUUUUAAAUCAUUUAUUUAGUUUAAUUAGUAUGAGUGUGAAUAUAGCAGACGAAUUUA